AUGAUCAAUCCAGUACUUACUGUUUACCGCAUUGUUAGACCGAAAGACGCCCAAUCAUUUUUAUCGGUCACAGCUUGGGCGGUCUCAUUGUCAAAAGUGUAUGGAAUCCAUCACAGAACCUGCCGGAGCCCUUCCCAACUAACAGUAACUUUAACAAAGGCACUUCUGCAUGCAGAAAUGGGGCGAUCAGGUCAUCUUGAAGAGCAAAAGUUAAUCAAAACGUCCACGUUCGCUGUGUUCUUCAUGGGUACCCCACACCAAGGCGGAGAAGGACUCUCGAUCCUUGACGCAGUAACGCGCGUGUUAUCCCUUGUCUCCUACACCAACCUUGCCCUAAUAGAGAAGAUCAAGCCGAACUCAGAUUGGCUUCUAGAUAUCCAAGAACGUUACAGUGCUAUAAGCCGGGACUUCCGGACCAUUUGUGGCUAUGAGCUUCGAGAGACGUACACCACGGUUCGCGGGCGACUACUUUUGGUCCCGAAGGCUUCUGCUAUACUCUUUGCAGCGACUAACAUACUGGCCCUCCCUUUCGACGCUGACCAUGUAACCAUGGUCAAGUUUAGUGGUGCCGACGACCCGAACUUCCAGAAGAUUAUCAAAAGGAUUGAAUUAUUUUCCAGACUUGCCGUAGAUGACGCGGCGAGUUUUGGCACUGUAAAUGCAGGCGACAAAGGCAAGUGCCACGAUAAAAAGGGCUGGGACAAAAUCUAUACAUCCCUCUUGAACUUGGCUAACAUGUCACAACAUAAAGCGAUCCGCGCGGACGAGAUCUUAUUUGAAGACAACACAGAUGUCGCAACUCCUCUCGAAUUCAGUCUGGGUGUAACAUUUCAAGUUCGUUGGAAUCGUCAUUUUACGGGAAGGAACAGCACGCUACAACUGUUAAAGAGAAUGCUGGCGCCGUCAUCAACUCAAGAUACCUUCCCGUUAGUGGUUCUCUAUGGACCUGGUGGCAUAGGUAAAACGCAAUUAGCCCUGCAAUAUGCUCGCCAUGGCAAAGACCACUACAGCUCAAUAUUCUGGAUCGACGGAACGCAUCCUGACACAAUUGAAACCAGUGUCAUAGCAUGUGUGGAAAGAUUGAAAGAUCACUACGUAUCACACGGGUUGCAAAAUACUUCUCCCAGAUAUGGACUAUUAAACGGAAGUUCGACUGCUGAGACACUUGAAAACCCAUCGUCAACGGCUAGGUCCCCGAUUGAUCGCUUUCUCAGCUGGCUUUCGUACAGGGAGAAUACACAGUGGUUGCUAAUAAUCGAUAAUGUUGAUGACUUAGAAAGUGUCAACCUCCGAGACCUACUGCCCACAACUCGGUGGGGAGCAGUUUUGGUCACAAGUAGGCGCUCUGACUUGGCUAUUAGCUGGGAUUCAAUCGAAGUUCCCGGCAUGAACAAAGAUGAAGCUUUUGCGCUCUUGCAACAAAACAGCAAAUUGGUGUUGACGAAGGGCACGGAAGAUUUUGAUGUGCAUUUGCUUAAUAUUAAUUCACUAGCAGAAUGGAGAAACGGGGUGGCUCUAACUAGGAGACUAGCGUAUCUCCCUCUUGCAAUAAGCCAGGCUGGUGCCCACAUUGCAAUGCAACAAUCCAAAAACCCGAUUUCGACAUAUUUGGCGCUCUAUACGAAAUACCCCCGCAACAUUCUAGGAAAGAGAACCGUUCAUCUCGAGUGGGAUAGGAGGCAAGAUACAGUCCUUGCAACAUGGGAGAUUUCCUUUAAUGAAAUUAAGAAACGAAUGCCUGAAGCUGCAGAAAUUCUAUUGCUUUGCGGCUUCUUUCCCCCCCAAUUCAUUGUUGCGGAAUUUUAUAUCCGCGGCAGCUCUUUUACUGGUACGCUCUACCUGUUUAACAACGUACUCGCGUUGAAGAAUCUAGCUAAUCCAUCUUCUAAAGAGAUACAAGUUCUUGACUCACUAAGUCUCCUUCGCUCUUUCUCCCUCCUUCAAUAUGAUCCGCACAAAAAUCGGUAUUCAAUCCAUCCCUUGAUCCACUUAUGGGCACGAUUGCGCCUGGGUACGGAGGAACACGAGGCGAUGUUACAACAAGCUCUUAGCAUUCUUCAUAACUAUGGAAAUCCGCAGGAAUAUCUGCAACAUGAGCGGCAUCUCUUCAAUAUUCUAUCGAAAACAGAAUCGCACUCCUGCGAAUCCUCGCCAGAGGAGGUGGUGGGUCUCAUGAGCGUGGAGCCGUAUAAUAAUGAGCCACCCAUCUUUAGCUUUUUAGAUCAUUUGACUGGUUGGACGCUUUGGUUGAGAGCUUACUGCAACGAAGCUGCGUGGUUUAUAUUCGAGGCGAUCUUCGGUCAAAGUAACCGCAGGCUUUACGACUGGGAAAUUAUUCACAGACUGGCUAGUGGGGGCCGGCACACAGAUGCUUUGUCGUGGGCUCUGUGUAACGGUAUGAAGGUAUUCCCGCCGAAGCAUCCCCGGAUUCUGGAGAUUGUGGGAAACUACGCCUUCUCCAUGAUCGAAAACCCCUGGAACCAUGAGAGAAGGGAGGAUGCCCUCAGAUGGUAUACGUGGCUGCUCAGCGCAAGGUUCCUAGUUCUUGGCCCUAUGCAUCCAGCUACGGCAGGAGCAUACCUUGGACUAGGAAUGUCACAUGACAACUGCACCAUUGCAAUUAGGUCCUCAACUACCGCGUUUGACAUCAGAUACGCUAUACUCGGCAAAGACGACUUCCUCACUCAAAAUGCUGACAGAGCUUUGAACGAGACGAAGAACCGAUGUUUCCUCUCUGAGUGCAGCGUCCUGAAUAGAGAGGCCCAGCUGCAAAAGCUCAUGUCUGCUUGGAGACGAGAUAUGACAAGGACUGGGCUUAAGCUGCACGACAAGAUACUUGACUUUGAGAUUAUGGAGUUUGACCCUCAUGGGCCACUCGCAUCGUUGCCUUUGAUUGUUGAACUUCUGGAGAAGGAAGGUCGAGAAUUCUUAAGAUCCUGGCCGUCUUCUGUGGCACAUUUCGCUGCCCAUUUCAGAGUCCUCAAAGCUAGUCACGAUGGCUCCAAAGUGACAGAACAACUAACUCACAUAUGGCAGGAGGAGCUCCAGGAAACUGGCCUUUCAAUCGAGCCUAUGGUUCAAAUGAGUCAAAUAGCAUUUUAUCUUGCGGCAUGGUGCAUGGAGGCUCGCGAUGUACAGUGCGCAGAAUCCUGGCUCUCGAAGCUCUAUCUCGCACCUCAAGACAGAAUGAGUCUUCAGUGGCACAAGAAAUGCACCUGGCCUCUAGAUCUCUACCCCAGGUUGUGGUUCGAAUAUAGUUCCCCACUCAAAGGCGACAUUGAAGAGCAACUCAGUUACUGGAUCGAUGGGGCCUUUUGGUACUUGGCCAGCAGCAUAAUGGGUCAACUUGCCGGAUUUCAUUUGCAUUUGAUGUCAAACCUCAAUGACGACUUCUCAAUUCACAUCGAAGAAGCUACCCUUCUUUUUCUCCUCCCCGGUAUGAGGCAAACGGCAAGCACGGAUUUGUAUUUCGCAGAGUUUUUGAGCCUACUGGGAGAGUAUCCUGACGAUAUCACCCCCGCGAUGAAAGGUACCAUUGAAUAUUGGGAAUCCCGAGGGCAGCGGUGUCCUGGUAUGCUUCUCCGAGAUAGCAUUGUGGACAAUCUGUAUGGCGAUUCAUUGAGAGAUAGUAUCGGAAUGAGGUCUUUCAAGGAUUCCAGGGUGUGGUAUAUGUGCUUAGCGGCUUGA